UCAUUCAGACUUCAAUACAACGUAUCAUCCUGUGCUCUCGGCAGAUUAGGACGUACAGUAUCACAUUACAGCAUACAACGCUUUAUUUACACAAUGCUCCAGCAAGUCCAGACACGCCCUGCACGUGCUCUUAUAGGUUAUAGUCCAUGCAUGCUUUUACUUUGAAUAUUUAUUUUGUUAUGUUUCUGGCAAUACUCUGCAAGACAUAGAGAGGGGACAGAGUCUCCUGGACUGCUGCUAGUGUCGCCAUGGACCUGGGGCUGACAAUUCUCCUGGUCUCCUGUGUCACCCUCCUAAUUUACCUAUUGGCAUGGAGGAGCAGAUAUAACCUGAAAAACCUGCCCCCAGGACCCACACCACUGCCCCUGCUGGGGAAUAUUAUGCAGAUUGGCACAACAGAAGUUCCCCGGUCCAUAAUGGAGCUUAGUAAGGAAUAUGGACCAGUGUACACAAUUUACAUGGGCAGCCGGCGUGCGGUUAUGCUCAUUGGGUGCAACGCGGUGAAAGAAGCCCUGGUGGAUUACAGUGAUGUGUUUAGUGGCCGAGGGACCAUGGGUGUGAUUGGCAUAUUAUUAAAUGAUUAUGGAGUCAUCCUGAGCAACGGGGAGAGAUGGAAGACAAUGCGUCGAUUCUCUCUCAUGACUUUGAGAAAUUUUGGAAUGGGGAAGAGAAGCAUUGAGGAAAGAAUCCAAGAGGAAGCUCGGUGUCUUGUGACGGAGUUUAGAGAGAACAAAGACACCCCAUUUGACCCAGCACAUCUAUUAGGACAGGCUGUAUCUAAUGUCAUUUGCUCCAUUGUAUUUGGAGAGAGAUUUGACUAUGAAGACAAGGACUUCAAGAACCUUCUGAUGUACAUGAGAGACCUCUCCAUGCAACUGACUUCAGCCUCGGGGCAGCUUCUUCAGUUGUUCCCAUAUGUACUCCAGUGGGUCCCUGGGCCUCAUCAGAAUAUCUUCAAAAACAUUUCAAGAUUGAAAAGCUAUCUACUGAACCAGGCAAAAUCUCACCAAGGAACGUUGGAUACAAACUGCCCACGAGACUUCAUAGACAGCUUUUUGAUUAAGAUGGAAGAGGAAAAAAACAAGGCCAGCACAGAAUUCCACAAUGACAACUUAUGGAGAACAGUAUUUGAUUUGUUCUUUGCUGGGACAGAGACUACAAGCACAACGAUGAGAUAUGGCUUCUUGAUUCUUCUCAAACAUCCAGAGAUACAAGAGAGGAUCCAAAAAGAGAUUGAUGAUGUAAUUGGCCAAAAUCGAUGUCCAUCAAUUGAGGACCGGAGUAAGAUGCCAUUUACUGAUGCCGUCAUCCAUGAAAUCAUGAGAUUUGCUGAUAUUGUCCCCAUAGGGCUUGUUCAUGAAACUAGCAAAGACACAACUUUCAGGGGAUAUCACAUUCCCAAGGGUACGUUGGUUUUGCCAAUAUUGACAUCUGUUCUGAAGGACCCCAAAUACUUUAAAAACCCUGAAGAUUUUGACCCAAAUCACUUUCUGGAUGAGAAUGGGUGUUUUAAAAAGAAUGAUGCCUUUCUGCCGUUCUCUCUAGGUAAGCGUGCGUGUGUGGGAGAGGGCCUGGCUCGCAUGGAGAUCUUCCUCUUUAUCACGACUGUCUUGCAAAAUUUUACUCUGAAACCAACAGUGGAAGAGAAAGAUAUUGACAUCACGCCAGAGCCCAAAUCUAAUGCUUCCAGAUCUCGGGUCUACCAGAUGUAUACUGUGCCUCGCUUAAUGUCCUGAAUGAUGAAAUUAGACCUUUGACAUCCUAUGUGAACAACUCACUUUUUUAUGACUUUGAUGUUAGUGAUUGCUGGACUGCAUACAAAGUCAGACCACACUGAUUUUGGCUCUAGGAGAGUUUGUUUAUUGAUGGGUACGCUAUAAUUAGUAGCGGAGGAUAUGCUGGAAGUCACAUAUUCCCACACUCGAUAUAUAUAUAUACUGGUUGCAAAAUUAUAAUUAAUAUGAAUAAUAAAGCUUUCUAGACAUACAAACAAUACAUGAUUAAUUGUACUCUAGCAGAUAAUAAUAACAUCUUCCUGUUUAUCUAACUUUCCUCAGGACUCACACAAGGACAAGACAAAUGGGUAGAAAAACAAUUGGAAAAAAUAGAAAUAAAAAAGUGUAGAAGUUAUGUUUGUCUGCAAAAAGUACAAGAAAUAUAAAAAGAGAUCCGGGCACACAGGUUAAUAUCCAAUGCAGACUUUUAAUGGAGACAACAAGGAAACGUUCUGACUCUGCUGAGUUGAAAUGUUGCCUUUUGGUACCCAAUAAAGGUCUGCAUUUGAUGUAAGCUUGUGUUGACGGACCUCUUUUUCUAUUUAUUGAACCAAAGGGUUGUGUCAUCCUUAUCCUCAUGGCUGCAGCUGAAGAUCCGGUUUAUAUACUUGUGCCGUCCUUGGCUUUUUGUUUUCUGCUAAAAAUGCUGGACCUGCAAAGAAGCAGGCAGUUCUGAACAAAUGGCAGCUAUGAAUACAGCUUCACGCUAUUUACUCUGGGUUAUUUGGAUCAACAGCAGAAACAGGUGUGAAAAAGGCUGAACUUGAUGGAUGCAUGUCUCUGUUUGGCUACGUAACUAUGUAAGGCUGAACAGCCCAUUAAAAUUUUCUUCUAAUAACUAUAGGACCUCCAUUUCCUCACACAACAAAUGUAAAGCAAAAGAGAAAAAAAAAUGUGUUUUUGAUCGCAUGACCUUUUAUAGUUAUCUUUUAUUUUGCAAGAUACCUAAGGGAUAGGAUGUAAAACUUGGAAUAUAAAAGUAUUUCAUUUAAAAAAGAGAAGUUACUACAUUAGAAAAAAAUAUUUUUUGUAUUAAAA